AACUAACGUUAGAUGGAAGAAGACGCCAUUUGAACGUUGUUGUUCAGCAAGCAAGUGAUUUAACAGACACCGACAAUAAAUUAGAACACAAGCAAGCGCAAGACGGACAGACAAUUUUAAUUUACUCGUUACUAUUAGCAGCUAUCCUACAUUUUGACCGACCCCAAAAGACGUUGUUUUCUGAACUAAAUUAGCUACCAUGGCGUGCGCAGCUACUUUGAAGCGUUCAAUGGAGUUUGAGGCCCUUCACAGCCCUCAAUCUCCAAAACGGCGAAGGUGCAGCAAUCUGCCAGGGACUCCGGUCACCCCGUCUCCAAAGCGAUGCAACCAGCUGUCUGCUACAGGUGACCGUUCGAUGUCACCCCAAUCAACUUGUGGAGGAGAACACAGGCUCACCCCAGAGCAGAUUGUCCAGAAUCUUAGGCAAGAAUACAGCCGCUAUCAGAGGAGGCGGCAGCUUGAGGGGGCCUUCAACCAGAGCCAGUCCCAGAGUCUAAGUGAUGGCCCAGGUCAAAGUCCUGGCUUCAUGGCACCAAGCGCCCAACCAGUGUCUUCUGUGAAGAGGGACCAGCCCUGUUUCACACUGCACCAAGUUGGCUCUCUGUGUGAACGGAUUCUCAAGGACCAUGACGAGAACAUCCGUGAAGAGUAUGAGCAAAUCCUCAACACUAAACUGGCAGAACAAUAUGAAUCGUUUGUGAAGUUCACACAUGACCAGAUCAUGAGACAAUAUGGCGCCAGACCCUCCAGCUAUGUCUCAUGAACUAUCUUAAAUAGGAAGUUACCUGCUCUCACGUCUAGACUGCUGCUCGCCUAUCUCCACGUUUUUCUUCACUACUUCAGUGCUAUGAUUUUUUUUUUACUUUUAACACUCAAUGUUCUGAGUUGUACUUGUGUGGUUGUGCUCUUUCUUGGGAGAUGGAUGGUUGACUCUCCUUUUUAAGUGCUGUAGAAAGCUGGGCUAAUGUGACUUCUAUUUAACCUCCCAAAUCCUGCUGCAGCAUGAUUCCUCACUUUUCACCAACCAUACUUGAAAAUGUGGUUCUCUUUUUAAUUUUUUUUAGAAAUGAAAGUUAUUUGCCAUUUUGUGCUUUAUCUAAAUUGUAUUUGAUGUUAUACAGGAGUACUACAGACAGUCACUUGUAGUUUUGCUUUUCUUGAAACAUUUUUGUACAUGGCUGAUUCCCUUGUCUUUCAUAUUUCAAUUGAUAUUCCCGUUCCAGAAACUGAUCAUGUCAACCCCAUGAGAAUCUGUUUGGAAUUUGCAGGGUUCUUGUUCAGACAUUCUACCCGAUUAUGCUGCAAUUGAGGAGAUGCCAGAAAAGCAUGUGUCGUUACACUGAGCUCUUUAUAAAAUAUGCAGGCUAUUACUCCCAAGAAUAACAUGAAUGGAAGGGCUCAUUUGUUGACUGGUUAAGAUCCUUUUUUACAGGGAUAGACCAUAAUUGAGGCUUUGUUUCAUUUGAGGAUGAAAUGUGGGAAACUGCACUAUCCUCUCUUGGUUUGGAAUAAAACACCCCUCAAGAAAAGAUAUUUGGGUCAGAGUACAGUAUAACUGCAGUUAUUCUGAAAUUACUGUGUCCAAAAUACCCACAGUUGAAACUGCAGUUCUUUUAUUUAUUUUUAAGGGGGCUGUAUAGACUUGAUUCUGUUAUCUAUAAUACUUAGGCCCUUGAGAGAUUUGUAAGGGAACCACACUCAUUGUAGUGGCCUUCUCAAAGUUUUGAAUCUAGCUGGUCCCCUGUACUCUCGUUUUUUUUUUUGUAUAUUAAUUUUAUUGAAUGUUCUGCAUAUGAUUUAUAAACUCUUAAUGUACUACUUGAUAUCCCUAUUAAAUGAAUAGUUUUGGGUUAUUAGUCAGGGGAUCCUAUAAUACUGGUGUGUUCUGUAAAGCCUGCGAUUAGGACUGGAGGGGGUUAUGUAGUACUUUUACAUCGUACUACUGAAUACAGUGAAUGGAUGGCUUUGGGUUGAAACAACUGAUUUUCAUCAUUCAAACAUGAGCUAAUGUGCUUCUAUACAAGCUGUAUGCAAGCCUACCAUUAGGAAGUGCCAUUAAAUGCAUCAUGAGAUAUGACCAUUUCUUUAAACAGACGAAAACUUGAUUCUCUAAUUUUGUGGUUUGAGUUCUACAAGAAGAUCUUACUAUGAACUUUUAAUCAAAAAUACCCAAUCAAUUUUUUUAUUGUCAAAUAUGUAACAAUGUGUUCUUUUGAGCUCAGUUUUGCUGCACACAAUUAUAACAUUGUUGAAUAAAGCCUUGAUUUGAAGGGAA